AGAAUAAACCUUCGUCCAUCAGUGUCUCGCGAAGAAUGUACUAAAGGUGGCUGGGCAAAUAUGAUGCUCCAAUUUGAGUCAUCUCGUGAAAUCGCACAGCGUCGAAAUGAACAUCACACACAAUGGCUUAGAGAUGAAAAGGAGUCUCAACGUGCAGAACGAAUCUCUCGUAUGGAGGCACACGUGAGUAACAUGCUGUCAUCUCAAGAGGAUGAAAUGGAAGAAGAUCAAGAAGACGAUGGAUUGGAUGAACUUCGGGAUGAAGUGAAUAGAAUUAGCCAAGAAGAAGCCGAGUCACUGGAAGGUGGAAUGGACGAGUGUCCUGAUGUCUUACGCAGAGAAUUUGAGGCCUACAUGGAAGAACGUUUUUUGACGGGACAAGAUGCAAGGUAA